CCCCCCUCUCCCUCCUUCCCCAACCCCCCUUCCUCCCCCUUCGCCUUCCUGCCUCUCCCGCCGCCGCCCUGGGGUCGGGCGGGCGACCGGGAAAGCACGGUGCUUGGAUGCCUGGAGCCCGCCGGAGACACCCAGCCCCGAGCCCGCCAUGGGCUGCUGUGGGAGCGCCGCCUCGCAGAGCUCCAAGCGAGAAUGGAAGCCUCUGGAGGAUCGCAGCUGCACAGAUAUCCCAUGGCUGCUGCUCUUCAUUCUGUUUUGCAUUGGCAUGGGUCUUAUUUGUGGCUUUUCAAUAGCUACUGGAGCAGCCUCAAGAUUGGUUUCAGGAUAUGACAGUUACGGAAAUAUCUGUGGACAGAAGAAUGUAAAAGUAGAAGGAAUUGAAAACAGUGGCUUAGACCUCACAGGAAAGAAGUAUGUAUUCUUUCUGGAGCCAUGCAAUGUAGAUCUGGUACAACGGAAGAUCAAGUCCCUUGCUCUCUGUGUAUCAGCAUGUCCACAGAAUGAGUUGAAAACUUUGGCUGAUGUUCAGAAAUUUGCAAACACUAACGGUUCUUCUUUGUGUAGCUAUGAAUUAAAGCCAUCUGAAUACACUACGGAUUCAAGGGCUGAUAAACUUUGCCCCAAGCUCCCAGUUCCAGAGAGUGCACCUAUUCCAUUCUUCCAUCGCUGUGCUCCUGUGAACAUUUCCUGCUAUGCCAAGUUUGCAGAGGCCCUGAUCACCUUUGUCAGUGACAGUAGUGUCUUGCACAGGCUGAUUAGUGGAGUAAUGACCUGCAGAGAGAUUAUAUUGGGACUUUGCUUGUUAUCACUAGUGCUUUCCAUGAUUAUGAUGGUGAUAAUCAGAUAUAUUUCAAGAGUACUUGUUUGGAUCCUAACCGUUCUUGUUGUAGUGGGAUCGCUUGGUGGCACAGGAGUCUUGUGGUGGCUGUAUGCUAAGCAGCGGAAAUCUCCCAGUGACACUCUUACUGUUGAACAGCUUCAAAUAGCCAAAGACAAUCGUCAGGCCCUCCUGAUAUAUGCCAUUGCAGCUACAGUCUUCACAGUUAUCUUAUUGUUGAUAAUGUUAGUUAUGCGCAAACGAGUAGCUCUCACCAUUGCCUUGUUCCAUGUGGCUGGAAAGGUCUUCAUUCACCUGCCACUGCUCGUCUUCCAGCCAUUUUGGACCUUUUUUGCCCUCAUGCUCUUCUGGAUUUAUUGGAUCGCAGUCUUGCUCUUCCUAGGUACCACAGGCAGCCCUGUCCAAAAUGAACAGGGCUUUGUAGAGUUCCGAGUAGCAGGUCCGUUGAGGUACAUGUGGUGGUAUCAUGUUGUGGGGUUAGUUUGGAUCAGUGAAUUUAUCCUUGCUUGUCAACAGAUGACUGUAGCAGGAGCUGUGGUGACAUAUUAUUUUACCAGAGAAAAAAGAAACCUGCCAUUCACACCUAUAUUGGCGUCUGUCAAUCGUUUGAUCUGUUACCACCUAGGAACUGUGGCUAAAGGUUCAUUCAUUAUUACCUUAGUGAAGAUUCCACGGAUGAUACUUAUGUAUAUUCACACUCAAGUCAAAGGAAAAGAAAAUGCCUGUGCUCGAUGUAUUUUGAAAGCUUGCAUUUGCUGCCUUUGGUGUCUGGAAAAGUGCCUGACUUACUUAAAUCAGAAUGCAUAUACAGCCACUGCUAUCAACAGCACCAACUUCUGCACCUCAGCAAAGGAUGCCUUUGUGAUACUUGUGGAGAACGCUUUACGGGUGGCUGCCAUAAACACAGUGGGAGACUUCAUGCUCUUUCUUGGAAAAGUACUAAUAGUGUGCAGCACCGGCUUGGCGGGGAUCAUGCUGCUGAACUACCAGCAGGACUACACCGUGUGGGUGCUGCCACUCAUCAUUGUCUGCCUGUUUGCAUUCCUGGUGGCUCACUGUUUCCUGUCUAUUUAUGAAAUGGCAGUCGAUGUCUUGUUCUUAUGCUUUGCCAUUGACACUAAGUAUAAUGAUGGGAGCCCAGGGAAGGAAUUCUACAUGGAUAAAGUUCUUAUGGAAUUUGUGGAAAACAGCAGAAAAGCAAUGAAAGAAGCUGGCAGGGGAGGUGGACCUGAGGGCAGGGAGCUCAAACCAAUGGCCUCUGGAGCAAGCUCAUCGUGAAGCUAGUCAGCCAUUAUGGAAACCAUUGACAUUCCAAAACAAUAUCUAUCUUAUCUCUCUCUAUAUAACUAUAUCUAUCUAUAUAUAUAUUAUUUCAAAGCAGCCAAAAUCAGAGAAAAGGAACAGGGAUUUAAUACUUUUUUAAUGAUUAUUUUUGUGAAACAUGUACUCUUUUCAUACGGGUGGCUUUUACGAGCAACUUUUAUCAUUGUUCCAUUUAAAAAUAUAAUCAUUACGGUUUGUAGAAAUGUUAUGAUUGUAAUCUGAUUGAGAUAUUUCAUAAUUUGGAGGAGGAUUCCAUAAUAUUUUAAAAGAACCAUGCAAGAUUGCAGAUUUGGAAUAAUGGAAGUGGGUCGAGUCAUUUCCUCUUAUGGUUAUUUGUGAUAACCAUAAGGAAUCAUGGUUAUUUUUUAAUAACCAUGACUCCAUAAAACACAAUGGAUAAUGACUGUUCUGAAGGAACAAAUCCUUCGUUGAUUUUCAUCUUUUUAUUUUUUAUUUUAUUUUUGCAGGGAGGAGGUUGGAAUUAUACAUUAAUCAUGUUGGAUUUUGCUUGUUCUUUUGCAUUGGAAUGUAAUAGGGCCCAGUAAGUUAAAUAUAUUCCUUCCCCCCCACCCCAUUAACACAUUAGAUAAUUUACACAUUAGACAUUAAACACAACCUAACCGACUCCUCAGGUAUUUAGAUAUUGAGACAGCCCCUGCAUUUGUGAAGGACAAAGAAAUGGCAUAUGAGAGAGGAUGAGUUUUAUAUGCAACUUUCAUCAUAAGUGACUUUGUUCCCCCCUCCUGAGUUUAAUAUUGUCCAUUGCAUAUCAUUGCACAUUUGAACUACACAAAUUCUUUAAAUAAGUGGUUGGUUAAUAAGCUUCAGAAGUUCAGCCUUAGAUGUGCCCCAUUGUCAUGUUCAUCCAUGACUCCAUGGACAAAUGCUGGGAGUAAAGAGGAUAUGUACAACUAUGAAAAAAAAGUACUGUAUGUCAUUUGUGUUUUUCUUUACUAGUGACAUUGUUUCUUUCUUGUGUUUUCAUUAAAUUUUAGGAAAUUUAGUGGAGUACAGUGGGAAGGAGAAGGUAAACAUCUUUUUGAAAUGUCACUGCCUUUGUAGCUAGAGUAGUUCUUUGACUAGUUUCUGUGUGUUUGUGCUCACAGAAUCUGAGAGCCUCAUGAAUACUUCUGAAACUUCCAGAAAGCAUUACAUUUGUGUCCAUACCUGGCUGCCCACAUUUGGAAAGUGAAAUUAUGUAAAUGCACAAUCAGCCUAUCAGCCAUUUCAGUGGAAAAUGAGAGCUCACAGUUCCCUCAGCCUAUGUGUUAGAACAUGCCUUUGGGCUUUGAAAAUUACAUCAGGGCCAUAUGGAAGAGGGUUGAUUGAUUCUCUUCCUCCACUCUGCCUCCCAUUUGGUUUCAGCAGUUUUAACUCCCCUUCUUACACUCACAGAAGAGGUUUUAGGAGGAAAAACACAUAUGGGAGAAGGAUUCUACAAUUCUUGCUCCAUUUUCAAUCCAACCCACCUCUGCUUCACUGGAAUUCAGCAAAACUGACAUUUUCACACAGUUAUUGUGUUUUGUUGGUUCCUUUGUGUAGUUCAGACACAUCAAAAUAUCUUUUAGGUUUAAAGAGUUGAGGAUCUUCAGGAAAAACCCUUGUUGUCAGUUCUGGGAAGCAUUUUU